AUGGCGCCCUCGAACGCGCAGAAGAAGGCGCUGGCGAAGGCCAAGCGCGGGAUCGUGAGCACGGGCGCGAUGUCGUCGAAAUCAGGCUUUGACCAAGCGGCGCUGCAACAGAACAGAGACCAUCAGUGUCCGCACUGCGAGCGAACGUUCAAGCAGCUCGAUCGAUUACGAAUGCACGUCGCGAGACAACACGCCGACGUUGGCGGUGAAGAGACCUCGAGCGCCGCGACCGUUCAGGGAGGGCUCGAUGGGGUCAAGAAGGGUAAGGCGGCGCUCAUCAUAGCGGAGAGAGAAAAGUUGAAGGAACGGGCGCGGCUCGAACGAGAGAGCGACCCGACCGCGAAACCGAACGCGCCGACGCCGUUCUCGAGGAUGAGUUGUAAGCUUCCGAGCGUCAUCUUACGAGAGUUUGUGCAGAAACAGAAGGAAUUCAAAUCGCCGAGGUUCAGAGCGAAGGAGGAGAGCGCCGAGAACGGAGGCGGAUGGACGUGCAAGGUUGUCCUAGCGGACAAGCACAAGCCGGACAAGGAUAAGGUGUUCUUUUGGAAGGAAAAAUGCGAGACGAAGGAAGAGGCGGAGCACAGAGUUGCCGUCGUCGCGCUCGCGAAGAUUGCGAAUUCGCUGCCGCUGCAGCGAUUGUUGCCGACAGAGUACAAGUCGACCUUCGUCGAGUGCGAGAGGCUGGAGGCUAAGCGCUUGGAAGACGCCAAAAAUCACGCGGCGAGAGAAGAACAGCGCAUAGCUCGUAUGAAAUCAGCCUCAAAGCGCGAGGUGGUGCAAGUUUUGACGAUGAGUGAGGAGAAGCGCACGCUCGUUGAGACUCUUCUGAAGGAGGACUACGUCAUGGUUUCGUCGGCCGACGACGACGGAGCGGACGAGGAUGAAGAGGGUGGGGUGAAUGAGCUGUGUGAGAAAUUAGAAAGUUUAGGAUUCGUGCGUGAAGACGCACUCGCGGCAUCUAAGGCGACGAAAUCAACGCUGGAGAGCGCGCUCGAUCCCGCCAUAAGCUGGCUCUGCGUCCACGUUCCGGAAUCGAGACUACCGGCGCUGUACGCCCCAAAGUUGCUCAACGACGGCGGUGUUGUGUUAUUGAGUAAACCAACGGCAUCGACGAGUUCGGCGUCAGCGGAUGCGAGACCGACGAACCCAACCACGGCGUGGUUAUGGGAGCGGGGUUACGAUCAGAAAUCGUGCGAAGACGCCGUGAGCGAGCACUCCGGACGAGAAGACGCGCUCGCGCAUCUCUUCGGUCGGGUUCUCGCCAAAGUUUCCACCGAACACGCUUCGUGGCCGAAAGGAGACCCGAAUUUCAACGAAGAAGAGUGGAACGAAGAAUUGAUGGCCAUAGAAGCGAUAUGCGGAGAGGAAAAGGUUUCCAGGAUUCAGGGCGGCGGCGUUCGCGUAAACGUCGACACAGAGGUUGGUAUCGGCGGCACGCUGGAGGUGUAUCUUCCGAAGGGCGGAGGAUAUCCCUGCGUCGAACCUCCAAUCAUCGCCUAUCACGCCCAUGGCGAGUCCAGAGAGGCAUUCAUGCGAGCGACGAGGGAACUCGCGCGAAUCGCCGUCGAGAAUUGCGGCGCGCCGUGCGUGUACACCCUGAUUGACGCGGCGCCUGGAUUGGUGAAAUUCGAGACGCGCGGAGACGUGAAAGGCGCGUCCAAGGUACGGACGCCGACGAGCGCGCUGCCGAUGCCGAAGGGUACAGACUUGCUCGUUCCGAAACACGCCAGCGCGCGCGAGACGAAGUCGGUGGCGCAAAGGACGCCCGCGAAACGACAGAGAGAACGCCGCGGCAUGUCACAAGCUGAGAUGUCAGCCGAGAGCGAUCGACUUCGUGACGCGUUUGAUGAGUACCUUCACAUGGCGAAGAAAGGCAAAGGUGACCCGUUCGCCAUGAUGACAGUCCGAUCGAACCUGCCGGCGAGCGGGAGUAGAGAGGAAGUGACGCGAGCGGUGAACAAGGCGUCAGUCAUCGUCCUGAGCGGUGAGACGGGUUGCGGUAAAUCAACGCAGGUGCCUCAGUUUAUACUAGAAUCCGAGAUCGCGGCCGGUCGAGGAGGGCAAACAAACAUCAUCGUGACGCAGCCGAGAAGAAUAUCAGCGAUUGGACUCGCCGAGCGCGUCGCGGCGGAGCGAUGCGAACGGUGCGGCGAUGUUGUCGGAUACUCUGUGCGCCUUGAGUCCAAGCAAUCCGCCAAAACGCGGUUAUUGUUCUGUACCACCGGCGUAUUGAUUCGUCGACUUCUUUCGGAUCCGUUACUCGAAAACACGACGCAUGUCAUUCUCGAUGAAGUCCACGAGAGAUCCGUGGACUCUGAUUUAUUACUCCUUCUCUUACGACGAGUCAUCGCUAAGAAUCCAAAAAUGCGAAUUGUGCUCAUGUCCGCUACGGCUGACGCAGAUUUGUUCGAUUCUUACUUUAAGCAUCCGUCUCCGAUUGCCGCCGUCUCCGGCGUGUCCACGACGCAGGUGCACAUCGCGGGUUUCACCCAUCCGGUUCGCGAGUAUUUCCUCGAGGACGUAUUCGAGAUGACGGGUCACACGGUUGGAAGAGGUGGUCCGUACGCAAAGCGUAAGCAGGUAAGGCGCGUGAAAUCGAACGAACGAUUAGAAGCUACUCUGGCCGAAAAGGCUGUGAAACGACGGGAAGAGCGCAUCGCUCUUGGUCUUGAGCGAGACGACGAAGAUGACGACGACGACGGAGAUGAAGACGACGAAAACGAGGAAGGCGAAAACGUGCCAGAGGACUGGGAUCUCGUCGACGACGAGCACGCGUACGAGGUGAAGAAGUCACAAAUCGUCGUCGAUGAGUCGACGGCUGAAUCAAUGGUACCGAUGAAGACGGCGACACAAAUCGAGGAAGAGCGGCGACGAGCCGAUUUGCUCGCAGAGGCGUCACGAGAGCUUGCUCGAUACGCGCCGCAAACGAAAAGCAGCAUCCGAAACGUGGACGAAUCCAUCAUAAAUUACGACGCCAUCGAACAGUUGAUCGCGUGCAUCAUUCGGACUGAGAUUGAACAAGGUACGAACGCACUCGUGCCGCCACCAGUCGCAGGAACGAAGCCGAAAGAUGUCGGACUCGGCGCUUUUCUCAUCUUCAUGCCGGGACAGUUUGAAAUUUUGCGACUGAUUCGCAAGCUUGAACAGUCGAGACUCUUGGAAGAGCGCGACGUGGGGACUCUACGUAUCUUACCUCUGUACGGCUCAUUAUCGUCCAAGGACCAGCGUCGAAUUUUCGAGAGGUCACCGGAAGGCGUGCGCAAAAUCGUCGUCGCAACAAACAUAGCUGAAACGUCCGUCACGAUUGACGAUGUUAGAUACGUUAUCGACACCGGACGCGCCAAGGAGAUGCAGUACGACAGCUUGCGUGGGCUCUCAGUUUUGGCUGACACGUGGGUGUCGCAAGCCGCGUCGAAGCAGCGCCGUGGCCGCGCCGGUCGUACCGCUCCAGGCGCGCGCUUUGCGAUGUUCUCUCGCGCUCAGUUUGCAAACAUGUCUCCGCAACAACCGCCAGAGAUGCUUCGCACGCCGCUACAGCAGCUUUGUCUAUCGAUCAAGGCGAUGAGUAGCGAACCCGUCGCACAGACCUUGGGUGCGGCGCUUUCACCUCCCGAUGCGUGCUCGGUCUCGGCCGCUCUUGACGAGCUUCGAGCGUUGCGCGCGCUCGAUCCCGACGAGGCGUUGACGCCGCUCGGACGUCAUUUAGCGCAGAUGCCCGUGGAUGCACGGAUUGGCAAGAUGCUUCUAUUCGGCGCGUUACUUGGAUGUCUGGAUCCGAUUCUAACGAUUGCCGGCGCGAUGAGCGGCCGCCCGCUAUUUUUCUCGCCCAAGGACAACCGUGAUGCCGCUGAUCGAGCGAAACGAAGUCUGUCGGCGAACAAGAGUGACCACCUCACCAUGGUUGCCGCUUACAACGGUUGGGCAAAGGCGUGCGAGAGAGGUAAACCAUUUGAGCGUAGGUAUUGCGAGGAAUAUUUUCUCAGUCAACAAGCGCUCGAGGCUGUGCGCACGAGUCGAUCGGACUACGCGCAGAUUCUUGCAGAUUUGGGUUUCGUGCGACGCGAGUAUCUGAGCAACAUGCGACGUCACGGCUCUGGAGGGACUGAGGCGGAUUCGAACUCCAAUGUCACGCGUGUCGUCAAAGCGGCGUUGGUGGCUGGAUUCUACCCGCACGUCGUUCGCGUCAAGCAUCCGGAGACGAAGUACGUGCAAACAAACGCGGGCGCCGUCGCGAAGGAGGCGAAUAGCCGCGAGCUCAAAUAUUACUCCAAAGAUCUCGGACGCGUCUUCUUGCAUCCGACGUCGGUGAACUUUCACUGCGGGAAGUACGAGAGUCGCUGGAUUGUGUACAGCGAACGCGUCGAGACAGCGAAAGUGUACAUCCGCGACAACACGAUGGUCGGCGCGUACUCGCUUCUACUUUUCGGCGGCGACGUGAGCGUUGAACACGACAAGGGUUUCGUCGCGGUGGACGGCUGGGCGCGAUUCCAAGCGCCCGCGCGCAUCGGCGUUCUCAUCAGAGAGUUGCGACAGCGCGUCGAUCAGCUCUUGUCGGACCGAAUCAAUCACCCGACUGCGCACUUGACGUCGACGCCAGUCGUGCGAGCGCUCUUAGAACUUUUGGCAUCCGAGGGACAUUAG